AUGCACGAAAGGGAGAUUCCAUGGUGUACAGGGGCUACAACCGGAUCGAGGGGCCAUAUCCCGCAGCGGUACGACUGGAGGCGGUCGCCGCCAGAGGCAUUUUUCGCCAGCGGGGGACAACUGCCUGGAGCGGUGUCCGGCGAGGUCUGGGCUCUGCCUAAAAUCGCAGAAGCCGGUGGCGAUUUGCCGACAGGCAUACGACCGGCAGUCCGCCAUAUCGCCGCCGCCUACCUCCAACAGCCAUCCGUUUCGAGUCCACUUUCCGGCCACUGGAGCUUCACCGGCUGCCGCCCCUGCCCUCCGCCUGUACCUGCGUUACCUCCGUCAUCCAACGGUCUGCAACCAUUCGUCGCCGCCGCCGCCACCACCACCAGUCACAUUGCAGCCGACAAGAACCAAGUCGUUGCCACCAGUCGCAGCAUAGCAAGCAGCCGGACGCCGGAGGCAAGAAAUACUGACGACGUUGCAGACGCCGGCGGCGGGACGAACCACUCACUGAUGGCCGACGGGACAGUGGAGUCGGAGAUUUCCGGUGGUUGGAUGGUUGCGGCGGCGACCGGUGUUCGACAUGACUUCGCGGUGGAGGAGACGUCGGAGACGACGUGUUCAACGACGGGGAUUCAGAGCUCAACUUCUCCGGCAGCGAGCAAGGCAUCACCUAGCGGACUUUAG